UGUCAUGUGCUCCUCCUCAGUCUUAUGAAAGUUUGCGCAUAAUCUUUGCGUGGUUGCUAAGCUCAGACGCCAUGUUGGUGGAUGUAAGGAGUAAAGUUUCGUAAGAAAAUAGUAAAUUUGACUUAUGUGAUGGCUUUUUUGAACAGGAAGAAAUCGUUCAUUGGUGUCGAUGCACCCUUAGGAUACGUCCCCGGUCUUGGACGUGGGGCAACGGGAUUUACAACUCGUUCUGACAUUGGUCCAGCUCGAGAAGCAACAGAUGUUAGUGACGAGCGACAUUUGAAUGCUCAGAAGAAAAAAGAUGAUGAAGAUGAAGAAGAUCUGAAUGACACGAAUUAUGAUGAGUUUGCAGGCUAUGGUGGAAGUUUAUUCACGAGCGGUCCAUAUGAGAAAGAUGACAUUGAAGCAGAUGCAAUUUAUGAAGCUAUUGAUAAAAGAAUGGAUGGUAGACGUAAGGAAAGAAGAGAAAAAAAGUUUAAAGAAGUUGUUGAGAAGUAUCGUCAGGAGAGACCAAAAAUACAACAACAAUUUUCUGAUUUAAAGAGGAAACUUUCCGAUGUGACGAAAGAUGACUGGGAUAGCAUUCCUGAAGUUGGUGAUGCCAGAAACAGAAAACAGAGAAAUCCACAAACUGAGAAGUUUACUCCAGUACCAGACAGUGUGUUGAAAAGUGCUAUGAUGAGCGGAGCGACUCAUACUUCAUUGGAUCACAGACAACAGCUGCUUGCUGGUUUCCAGACUCCCUUUCCUGGGACAGUGACUCCCGGUUUUUCAACGCCAUCCGGGGAUCUAGAUCUGACGAAGAUUGGUGAAGCUAGAAAGUCACUUGUUGGCGUUAAACUUGAUCAGGCAUCAGAUUCCGUGACAGGACAGACUGUGGUGGAUCCUAAAGGAUAUUUGACGGAUCUUCAGAGUUUGACUCCAGCAUCUGGUGGGGACAUAGGUGACAUAAAAAAGGCACGUCUCUUGUUAAAGUCCGUGACGACAACUAACCCUCAUCAUGGACCUGGUUGGAUUGCUGCAGCAAGACUGGAGGAAGUCACUGGUCGCAUGCAAUCAGCCAGGAACAUUAUAAUGAAAGGUACUGAAGUUUGUAGUAAAGAUGAAGAUGUUUGGCUCGAGGCUGUUAGAUUACAGCCAUCAGAACAUAGCAAGGCGACAGUGGCUCAAGCUGUAAGAAAUUUACCACACUCCGUUAGAUUAUGGAUUAAAGCUGCCGAACUGGAAAUUGACAUAAAAGCCAAAAAACGUGUUUAUAGAAAAGCAUUGGAGCAAAUUCCCAAUUCUGUGCGACUUUGGAAGUUAGCUGUGGAGCUUGAAGAGCCAGAUGAUGCUUGUAUUUUGUUGAGCAGAGCCGUAGAAUGCUGUCCACAGAGUGUAGAGUUAUGGCUGGCCUUAGCAAGAUUAGAAGUAUACGAAAACGCGAGAAAAGUAUUAAAUAAAGCAAGAGAGAAUAUUCCCACUGACCGACAAAUCUGGAUUACUGCCGCUAAACUUGAAGAAGCCCAUGGUAAUACGAACAUGGUGACAAAGAUUAUUGACAGAGCUGUUGCAUCUCUUGUCGCAAAUGGCGUUGAAAUCAACCGAGAUCAGUGGAUAAAAGAUGGUGAGGAAAGUGAAAAAUCUGGCAGCGUUGAAACAUGUCAAGCUAUCAUACGGGCUGUCAUUGGCGUUGGGAUCGAGGAAGAAGAUCGAAAACACACUUGGCUUGAUGAUGCCGAAAGUUGUGUUGCCAAUAAUGCGCAUGAGUGUGCCAGAGCAAUUUAUGCUCACAUUCUCACCGUGUUUCCAAGUAAAAAAGGAGUUUGGUUACGAGCUGCAUUUUUUGAAAAGAAUCAUGGGACAAGGGAUUCCCUUGAAGCAUUGCUGCAGAAUGCUGUCAAAUAUUGUCCAAAGGCUGAACAGUUAUGGCUGAUGGGAGCAAAGUCGAAAUGGAUGGCCGGAGAUGUUCCUGCUGCGAGAUCUAUUCUUGCUCUUGCGUUUCAAGCAAAUCCAAACAGUGAAGAAAUAUGGUUAGCUGCUGUGAAACUGGAGAGUGAAAAUAACGAAGAUCAGAGAGCGAGAAAACUUCUUCAGAGGGCUCGAUUGAAUGCCUGUACAGCUCGUGUAAUGAUGAAGUCAGCAAAAUUAGAGUGGGUUCUUGGAAACAUUAAGGAGGCAUUAGUUUUAUUAAAUGAUGGCGUGCAAAAGUAUCCAGAUUUUGCCAAGCUUUGGAUGAUGAAAGGGCAAAUCUGUGAACAAGAAAGGAAGGAAGAUGAUGCGAGGGAAACGUAUAAACAAGGGGUAAAGAAAUGUCCAACAUCAAUACCAUUGUGGAUUUUGAGAUCAAGACUCGAGGAAAAAAUAGGUUUCUCAACGAAAGCAAGGUCAGUGCUAGAGCAAGCAAGACAAAGAAAUGCAAAAUGUGCUGAACUUUGGCUGGAAGCCAUCAGAAUUGAGAUUCGUGGUGAUAACAGGGAAUUUGCAAAAUCAUUAAUGGCUAAAGCAAUUCAGGAAUGUCCCACUGCUGGAAUACUUUGGGCAGAAGCAAUAUUUAUGGAAGCGAGACCUCAGAGAAAGACAAAAAGUGUUGACGCUUUAAAACGUUGUGAACAUGAUCCAAAUGUUUUGUUGGCUGUCGCUAAACUGUUUUGGAGUGAACGAAAAGUAACGAAAGCGAGAGAAUGGUUCAACAGAGCAGUGAAACUUGACCCAGAUCUUGGCGACAUUUGGGCAUAUUUUUAUAAAUUUGAACAGCAACAUGGCACUGAGAAUCAACAAGAAAAUGUAUUAAAACGCUGCGAGAUAGCCGAACCUCAUCAUGGAGAGACGUGGUGUACCAUAUCUAAAGCAGUCAGAAACUGGAGGAAAAAAACAAAAGAUAUUUUACAAUCUGUUGCACGACAUUUGAAACCUAUUGAUAGAGAAUAAGCUCUUGAAUAU